CCACACGCUCCCCGAGGCAGGGGCACACCACACUUGCCUGCACAGCACUGCUCGGCUCGACCACCCGGCCCCCGGCCCCCGACCCCUCCAUGUUCACCACCACCCCCAGUUAAAAUACCAGUCACCCGCUCGCCCCGUAUCGUCCACCUCAAAGGGGAGACAACCCAAGUUAAAACCCCAAGAAACCUUCGUCGACGCUUCGUCUCCUGUAGUCCUGUGGGAGGGAGAGAGAGAUGGAGAGGUGCGGGAGCUGGGAGUGCGACGCGGCGGCGCAGGCGGCCGCGCAGAAGGCGGUGCCGGCGCCGUUCCUGACCAAGACGUACCAGCUGGUGGACGACCCGGCCACGGACCACAUCGUUUCCUGGGGGGACGACCGGGUGUCCACGUUCGUCGUCUGGCGCCCGCCGGAGUUCGCGCGCGACAUACUCCCCAACUACUUCAAGCAUAACAACUUCUCCUCCUUCGUCCGCCAGCUCAACACCUACGGUUUUCGGAAGGUCGUCCCGGAGCGGUGGGAGUUCGCGAACGAGUUCUUCAGGAAGGGGGAGAAGCAGCUGCUCUGCGAGAUCCACCGGCGCAAGACGUCGUCCGCGUCCCCGUCGUCGGCGUCGCCUCCGCCGUUCUUCGGGGCGCCGCACUUCCCCCUGUUCCACCCCGGCGCCCCGCACCACCAGUUCGUGGGGGACGACGGGCUUAUGGCGGCGCACGGCAUGGGCGUCGCGUUCCCGCACCCGCAUUGUCGGGAGCCGCACGCCGCUGCGCCGGUGGCCACGCGGCUCCUGGCGUUGGGCGGUCCAACGCCAUCGCCGUCGCCUGCCACCAUGGUCGGCGGCGCGGGGCGCGCGGCUAAUGCGGCGGUGCUGAUGGAGAACGAGCGGUUGCGGCGCAGCAACACGGCGCUGCUGCAGGAGCUGGCGCACAUGCGGAAGCUCUACAACGACAUCAUCUACUUCGUGCAGAACCACGUGCGCCCCGUGGCGCCCAGCCCAGCCGCGGCCGCAUUCCUGCAGGGCCUCGGCCUGCAGGCGCGCAAGAAGCCCGCCGCCGUGGCCACCGGGCUCAACAACUCCGGCGGCAGCACCACGUCCAGCAGCUCGCUCACCAUCGCCGAGGAGCCGUCCCCUCCGCCGCAGCAGAUCGACAAGAGCGGCGGAGAGGCAGGCAGCAGCUGCGCCACCCGCUCUGCCGCGCCCACCAUGCUGUUCGGCGUUCACCUAUGCGCCGCCGCGAGCGGCGCGGGCACCAAGAGACCGCCUUCCCGGGAGGACCAGCCGCCCACGUCGCCUGCCACGAAGCCGCGCCUGGCGCUCGAGAACACCGACCUAAGCCUGAGCGUCGCGGCGCCGUCCGGCGCCUCGUCUCCAGCUAGCACUAGUUAGUCAGCUAGCUCACUCACUCGCCUAGCGCCUAAGCAUGCAGCGGCGGGGCGACUGUUUUGUUGUUCUAGUUCGACCGUUUUGUUGUUCUAGUUCGACGUGUUCCGUUUCCACUGGUAGAUCAGUUAGUUCUUUUGUUGCUGUCUUUUGCUUAGGGUUCUACUAAUUGCACUACUGUGCCAAGCAAGCACUCAGAACUAGUGCCCUCAUGCGGAGAGCUAAUCCAAGCCAUCCAAGUUUUUGUACAGAAGUAUGUAACGCAUGCAGUAGCUCUGAUGAGUCCAGAGCGAACAAUCUUUUGG